AAGCGUAAGCUUUUCUUGAUAAUGACGUCAAUUUGAAAUCAUUAUUUCCCCACAAUUCACACUACCAGCGACUCGUCUACGAAACAAAAUGAAUUUGUUGAAUUUCUUUAAAAAAUAUACUGAGGAUGAUCUAAUUAAUAUAAAAGAGCACCACUUCGAGUCCUUCAACAAGACGUACCAAUGGAUCGCCUUCACACUCACUCUGGGAAUCAUGUUUCCUAACCCAGCUACGGACAGAUUUCGUAUAAUUUCUAUUAAUGUGCUACUCGUGUGCGUUUUCCCUCUGGCUAUGAUGAUUUUGAUCGACAUGUACAAGUGCUGGAUGGUGAAAGACAUCUUUAACAUCAUCAGACAUAGCACCAUCGUUGGGCCCUUUCUUGGCGCGUUCUUUAAGAUGUUCCUAAUGUACUACAAAAGGGCCCAAGCCAAAGAGAUUCUGGACGAAAUCAACCGUGACCACGCUAGCUUCAACUUCCUACCUCGCAAGCAGCAAGACAUAGCAUUCCUGAACGUGAAGAAGGGAGUCUUCAACGUGGAAAGGCUCUGGGCACCCAUAGUGUCCAUUGCCAUCAUGACCUUCCCAGGAAUGGCGGUCGUCAUGACCCUAUACAGUUAUGCCUUUAGCGAUAACCCAAAGAGGUACAUGAUUCACGAAGUGAAACCACCAAAUUCGCGUGACCCUGAGGACAUGUUGAAGUCGCCGUACUUUGAAAUACUUUUUGUGUAUGAAACAGGUUCAGCUAUAAUUUGCGUUUUAAACUACACGGCCUACGAUGGUCUAUUCGGCAUAGCGACCAACCAUGCCUGCCUGAAGAUGAGCCUGUGCUGUAUGAAGCUGAAGGAAGCCUUCCGGUGUGACAGCACUGAGGACAUGUAUAAGGGGAUACUGACGUUUAUUGAGGAGCAGAAGAAGAUGUUCAGAUUCGUCGAUCUGAUUCAAGAUACCUUCAACAUCUGGUUGGGGACCAUCCUGACCAGCACAAUGAUACAAAUCGGCUCCUUGCUGUUCCAUAUAUCAGCGGGAUACGGUUUCGACCUGCGCUAUACAUUGUUUAGUUUUACAUCUGUCGUCCACAUUUUCCUACCUUGCAAAAAUGCUGCUACGUUAAAAGACAUGUCCACAGAAAUGUCGACAAUGAUCUACAGCUCGGGCUGGGAGCGUUCGCGCGAGCGGCGAAUCCUGCGCAUGAUCCCAUUCAUGGUUGCGCGCGCGCAAGUCCCGAAUUACAUCACCGCUUUCAACCUGUUCAUUUUUGAUAUGGAGCUGUUUGUUUUUAUUCUACGAACUUCGUACUCUAUGUACACACUUAUUAGAUCUUAGAAUGUCUAAUAUUUUUACUAAGGAAACGCAUUUUAUUUAUUAUA